GAUAAAGGCUGCCGAAGUUGCAAGAACAACUCGGGAAAGGAUUUCCCUUGGUUUGUUGUUUCCUUCUGAGAAGAGAAGAACCUGGGAACGCCGAUGAUCUGAGGAAUAGGAACACUGCUACCUGAUUCAUUUCGUGACCCUGCCUUUCUGCCCAGCUGGGCCUUGGUGACGCUCUCCGCUCUUUUGCGUUCGAGAACAUUUUUCUUCGUAUGUGGAACUGAGAGCUGGGAAUGCGUUAUUAUGGCAGCAGUUGUACAGCAGAAUGAGCUCGUGUUUGAAUUUGCCAGCAACGUCAUGGAGGAUGAGCAGCAGCUUGGUGAUCCAUCUAUUUUCCCCGCCGUCAUCGUGGAACAUGUUCCGAGCGCAGACCUCCUACAUAACUACUCCGGCUUAACCUGCGUGGAUGAACCUAGUGACAUGAUCACCGAGAGCUCUCUGGACGUUGCAGAGGAGCAAAUCAUAGAAGACGACGAUAUCACCCUCACAGUUGAAGCUUCUUGUCAUAAUGGAGAUGAAACAAUGGAAACUAUUGAGGCUGCUGAAGCACUUCUCAAUAUGGACUCACCUGGUCCUAUGUUGGAUGAAAAAAGAAUAACAACUAUGUUUGGCGCAACUGAAGAUGAUGAUAUGGUGGCUCCUAUCACACACGUGUCAGUCACGCUGGAUGGGAUCCCUGAGGUGGUGGAAGUUCAACAAACCCCAGACCCGUAUGCUGAAUCGCCAGAGACUCCAGAAUUUGAACAACCAAAGAAGAAAAAAGGGAAGAAGCCGAAACCAUCUCGUCCUGAGUCCCCUACUACAACCCCAAACAUAUCUGUGAAAAAGAAAAACAAAGAUGGAAAGGGAAAUACAAUUUAUCUCUGGGAGUUCUUACUAGCACUGCUCCAGGACAAAGCUACGUGUCCUAAAUAUAUCAAAUGGACUCAAAGAGAGAAGGGCAUUUUCAAACUGGUGGAUUCCAAGGCCGUGUCCAGGUUGUGGGGAAAACACAAGAACAAACCUGACAUGAAUUAUGAAACAAUGGGAAGAGCUCUCAGAUACUAUUACCAAAGAGGAAUACUGGCUAAAGUAGAAGGUCAGCGCCUAGUAUAUCAAUUUAAAGAAAUGCCAAAAGAUCUCGUCUAUAUAGAUGACGAAGAUGCAAGCCCUAGCACUGAAGCAUCGGAUUCAACUCUGCUCUCAACUCCUGUGGCCAACAGAAACCAGUCAAGCAGAUCUAGAGCUGCUGCAAACACAGGAACAAAGGGAGGAUCGACCGCAGCACUAAAAACAGGAAACUCAAAGCCUGCUAAGCUGAAGGAGCACGUCGAAGUUGUACAGCAGCAGACACCUGGCUUGACUUCAGAAGUUUUGAGGACAAUGCAAUCUCCUCAGCCAGUACAUCCCACUCAGCUUUUUCGGACAGUUCAUGUAAUGCAACCGUUGCAGUCUCUCACGGAAGGACAUGCGGCUGUAACCAGUAACGUUCAGGAUGAAACGUUAAGUCCCUCAGUUCAAAAUAUAAGGACUUUACAGACUCCAACCCAAGUGCCGGUGGUUGUUUCUCCUGGAAAUCAGCAGCUGCAUACUGUAACACUCCAGACGGUGCCUCUUACUACGGUGAUAGCCAGCACAGAUCCAGCCUCAGCGACGACGCCCCAAAAAUUCAUUUUACAAGCCAUUCCUACUUCACAACCCAUGACGGUUCUUAAGGAAAAUGUCAUGCUGCAGUCUCCAAAGCCAGUCUCGCCUCCUUCCUCGAUCGUGCUGAGCCCAGCGCAGUUUCAGCAGGUGCUCACCAGCAGCGUGCAGACAAUUUGCAACGGAACCGUCAACAUGGCUUCGUCUCCAUCCUUCAGUGCCACUACCCCCGUGGUAACGUUUUCGCCCAGCAGCUCGCAGGUGGUAGCUCAUCCUUCGGGCACAGUGAUCACUUCGGUUAUUAAAGCACCAGAAACGAAACAGGUUGGCGUACAAGGAGCGGUAAAAGAAGAAGACAGUGACAAAUCGGAUGAUACUGAGCAGACGGAGCAGAGGUUCCAGCAGCAGCCCUUGGUGAUGGUAGUGUCCAGUUCAAAUGGUUUCCCAUCUAACGUGCAAGUGAAGCAAGAAAAUGAGCUGUUGGAACCCAAUUCAUAUUAAUAAAUAAA